AGCCUGGAUCAGGUAAAACACGGCGGGUUUCAAAUGAAAAUGAAUGGAAAACAUUUAUACUUCAUGCUGACAACAGCAAGUGUUGUGUGGUUUGUAGUGAUGACAAUGAUACUCGGAAAUUUAAUUCUAAAAACACCAUUACACAAUUCUUUUAAUAAAUACCAAAAGAUAAAUACAUGGACACCAAAAGAACAUAUUAAUGAAGAUUUACUGAGCCAGAUUCAUAGGGUAACAGUACAAACAGGAUCAUUUCAAUCGCAUGGAAUAUUUGUCAAAGAAAGUAAUGAGGACGAUUGGAAACGGGAAAUUGGAGAUAACCCAGUAACAACCACCUCCUCUCUUCGCCAUACAUACAAUAUUUCGGCCCCUGGACAGCUCGGUAGAGGCGUGUCCGUAAACAAAUUUACUCUAAGUCGACAAGAGUUUUUACAUUAUGAAGAAGGCUACAGAAAGAACGGAUUCAACCAAUAUGUGAGCGACUUAAUUUCUGUAGACAGAUACAUUGGUGAUGUUCGAGAUCCCGGUUGCAAAACCAAUGCUUACAAAAAGGAUUUACCUAGUGCAUCUGUAGUUAUCAUAUUUUACAAUGAGGCAUGGAGCGUCCUCUGGCGGACGAUACACAGCAUCUGGACCACCACCCCUCGACAUCUCCUCAAAAAGAUCAUUCUUGUGGACGAUGCCUCAGUUCAAGAACAUUUGGGAAAGAGGCUUCACCUGGAAGUGUCUAAAUAUCCAGAUGUUCGUCUUGUUCGGGCAAAGAAUCGCUCUGGUCUUAUCCAAGCUCGGAACUUAGGUUUCAGUCAAGUUCAAACCGAUGUUGCUGUUUUCUUAGACGCCCACUGUGAAUGUACCAAAGGAUGGUUAGAGCCUCUGUUAAAUGAAAUAGCAGAUGAUUAUAGAAAUGUCGCCAUUCCAUUUACGGACUCCAUCGAUGCAGACACAUUCGAGUACAAAGGCUCUAGUUUAAACAAUGUUUUCGUUGGAGGGUUCGACUUUGAUUUACACUUUGCAUGGAGAAUGAUGCCGGAUAGGGAACAAAACAGGCGGCGCUUAUUGACAGAUCCAAUAUGGACCCCUACACAUCUUGGCUGCUGUUUGGCCAUCAGUAAGCGGUUCUUCGAUGAACUAGGCAGAUAUGAUAAUGAAUUGCAAAUAUGGGGAGGCGAAAACUUGGAACUGUCUUUCAAAACUUGGAUGUGUGGAGGAAAGAUGAAAAUCAUACCUUGUUCCCACGUUGGUCACGUUUUCCGACUUAAAAUGCCAUACUCGUGGGGAGAGGAUGGGUAUCGAACAUUCAUCAGAAACUCCUUGAGGGUGGGGGAAGUAUGGCUGGACCAGUACAAGGAAGUGUAUUAUGACCGGAUUUAUUACAGCCAAAAUGAAAUUGAUAUUGGAAAUAUCUCGUCAAGAAAAGCCAUUCGACAACGACUGCACUGUAAGCCGUUUGAUUGGUACUUAAAGAAUGUUUACCCAGAACUCUAUAUUCCUCGAGAUUGUAAGGCUACAGGACAGAUAAAGAUAAACAACAUGUGUAUAGAUUCAUACACCGGCGGAAGUUUUUACGGGAAACCAAUUUCUGCUAGAGAGUGUAUACAUUUAGGAACAUCACAGCAUUGGACAUGGACACGAGAAAACACGAUAAGGCGAGAUGAAGGAUGUCUGGUGUUUGACGGAAUCAGCAGAGUAUUGAUGGGACCGUGUGCCACACUCAGUAAAUAUUUGCAAUGGGAAUAUACGAAGGACAAUACAAUUAUAAGUUUCGUGGGUCAUCGUAAAAUGUGUAUGGAACUAGAUCAACAACGAGGGAUGGUCAUAUCGAAAACAUGUUCAAGAAGUAAUCUCCAAAAAUGGGAAUGGGAAAGAAGAACUCUUAGUUUACACUAACAUGUAUUUUAUAUUUUCGAUUUAUUUUUAUGAUUGUUUUAUUCCAUAAAUCAUUAAUUCAGAAUAAGUGUUUAGAAAAUUGACUGCUAUAUUUAUUUUGUGGUUCCUCAAAAACAUUUCGUUGCAUGCUU